GUCGUCGGCAGUCGUUCGUAUCCAGACGCCCUCUCAAGGUACGGCAGUGUUCAACUGUGCAACGUUUCCCCAGCUACACAACUUAGUCCGAAUUCCUGGAGAGCAAGUAGCUAGUGGUCAGUGUCGGAGAUAUUGUUUACAACCGCUGAAGAUCUACAAGUGAGAGAGGGGCUGAGGUCACCAUGACAACAGGCCACGUUCAAGGUCGCAGGAUGCGGUACCCUGAACUGGAGAGUCGCUACGAACUCCACGAGACUCUCGGCACUGGUGGGUUUGCAAAGGUCAAAGCAGCUGUCCACAAGCUCACGGGUGAAAGGGUUGCAGUGAAGAUCAUGAAUAAGAAGGGGCUAGGGGCUGAUCUUCCGAGAGCAUUCAGAGAGAUUGGUUGUCUGAAGAAACUGCGACAUCAGCACAUCUGUCAACUGUACGAAGUAAUCGAAACACCAGAAAUGAUCUACCUCGUGAUUGAGUUCUGUCCAGGAGGCGAGCUAUUUGACUACAUCGUGGCUAAGGAGAGACUGAGAGAAAAGGAGGCGCGGUCUUUCUUCCGACAGAUCCUCUCGGCUCUCAGAUAUGUCCACGACAGAGGAUUCAUUCACAGAGAUCUCAAACCGGAAAACCUGUUACUGGAUGAGAACUCUAAUAUCAAACUCAUAGACUUUGGUCUCGUGGCAGAACCUGACGAUCCACAGGAUUUGUUGGCCACUUGUUGCGGGUCUCCUGCCUACGCUGCUCCAGAACUGAUUAGAGGAGGCCCCUACAUCGGAACGAGGGCAGACGUCUGGUCGCUAGGGGUACUGCUCUACGCCCUGCUAAACGGGUUUCUCCCGUUUGACGACGACCACACCCCCUACCUCUACAAACUCAUUCAGAAAGGAGAGUAUGAGACACCAGAAUGGCUGAGCCUCGAGAGUAUCAGCAUUAUCAAGAAACUACUGCAAACCAAUCCAGAGAGGAGGAUAGCAGUGGACGAUCUCCUGUCCAACAAGUGGGUCAUGAGUGGCCAUCAGAGCGAGGUGGAGUGGGCCAGCAGAAUAGACCUAUCUGAACUGGACACUGAGUGUGUGAAGGUUCUGGCUGACUACAAUGGAUACUGCUACGAGGCCAUGGAAGAUGACUUGUGCAAGUGGCGAUAUGAUGAAACGACGGCCGCUUAUCUUCUGCUCCUCCAACAGAAACUUCGUGGCAAGCAACCAAAGAUUCUUCUUCCUCCAAAGAACAGUGUAGUUGUCACUACUAGAGUGGGCAGUGACCUGAUGUCUCCUCUACUCACUAGUAUGGCACCGAAAGAGCUGUCUUCGUCAUCAACGGAAACAGAGAGAGAGGGAGAGAGGAGAGGGAGGAGGGAGGGAGGUGAGAGGGAGAGAGAGGAGGGAGAAGAGGAUGAGGACGAGGAGGGAUUCCACACGCCAGAGGAAGAACCAGGGAAAGAGAACGCACGCCCUGCUGACCCCAACUCAGCUGCAUCCCCGCCACCCCAGUCAGGGACCAGGAGGAUAUCGCUGGGUCAACCCAUGCACCCUCCGGACGGGGAGAUGACACGACUGGCACUACAGAAACACCUGGAGAGACUGGUUCCGCAGAGGCUGCAGCCUCCCUCGGAAUUGAACCCUAUGAUGACAGCUCCCCACGUUCCCUCACUCCUUACGACGAAGACGAGAUAUUCAUGAGCGGCGCCAUGUCCCUCCCUCCGAAUGCAGUCAGCUUCCUGGCCACGCCCACCAGGUCAAAGAGAUCGACUGCAUUUCCGUUCUCCCCAUCUUCAGACUUCAGGGUGAUGUAUUCCAGUCUGAAAAACCCCGUGAAGAAAACCUGUUCGUAUGACGCUCAGUUGAACAGGAUAGUCCACGACCCCAAGCACUCCCUGCUACCUCAGUCAUCCACUCCUCAACCCACUCGCAAGAAGAGAAUGGGAAGUAUUCCUGGUCAGCUACUGAAGAAGGCAAAGAGGGUCUUCACUCCACGCAGCAUUCGCCGCAACGACCAGGGAGAACCCCGUAGGAUCAAGGGGGUGUAUGAUGUGACGUCGACGUCGAUGAAGAGUCCAGAUUAUGUGUUGUCUGAGAUUGAGAGAGUACUCAGUGACAUGUCCAUCGAGUACAAGAGAAAGAACUACCUCCUCCGCUGUAAGUACAGCAAGAUAUCGACCGACAAGAGGACAAAGAGAGUAGAGUUUGAUCUGGAAGUCUGCUUCAUCCCCACCAUCGACAUGAUAGGAGUGCGCCGCAAGAGGAUGAAGGGGGACACGUGGGAUUUCAAGAACGUCUGUGGAGAGAUCUUUAGACUAAUACACAUCUAGUAUCCCACCCUCUCCUCUCGCCUAUGUAACAGUCUAGUUCACUAUUGUACUAACCCUCCACUGGACACUUUGUGCGUGUCUGCUGGGUAGCUGAUAUACAAUAGCCUCACUUAUUAUUAUUAUAAUUAUACUGGCUGUCUUACCAGUUUAAUAAGAUUUUUAUGACAUGGCCCUUAUUUAGUAUUUAUACCAGUUUUAUUAUUUUUUUUUAUGACAUGCACUCUCUAAAUUAUACACGUAAAGAGUAAUAGUU